GUUGUAAAAAGAAAUUUAUGGAAGUAAAUUUUACCCACGGGCCUAACAUAAAAACCAGAGCUUUCGGUGUGCGAACUUCAGUAAAGUCGGAAAAAGAGUCGGAAAAUCACCAUGAAGUUAUUUCUGUGUCUUUUGCCAAUUUUGGUGUCCUGUCUUGGGGCCGUUGUUGAAAACUGUGCCAAUUCACAGUCGGAAAGAUGCAGGAAAAUGCAUGAAGAAGCAAUGAUGCAUCCGAAAGUGCAACCAAGAUAUCCAUUUCUAACCCGGUCUGCUGGUAAUUCAUUGGAGCAGACAACUGAAUACUGGACGAAUCUUGGACAUCAGCACGUUCUAGAAAAAAUCAAUCGACGUUUCAAUACCAAUCGAGCAAAGAAUAUUGUCUUCUUCAUUGGCGAUGGCAUGAGCAUUCCAACUCUUUUCGCUGCUAGAAUGGCUUUGGGAGGUGAAGAGCAGCAGUUGUCCUUUGAAAAGUUCCCCUACAGUGGUUUAGCCAAAACUUACUGUGUCGAUGGUCAAGUGGCCGAUUCUGCAUGUUCUGGAACGGCUUAUUCAACCGGAGUUAAAGCAAAUUUGUAUACAUUGGGAGUUAAUGCAAAGGUUCCAUUGAGUGAUUGCAAAGCUGGAUUGGACCCACUAACUCAUACAGAAUCCCUUGCAAAGUGGGCGCUUGAUUCUGGAAAGUCUGCAGGAAUAGUUACAACUACAACAGUUACUCAUGCCUCACCAGGUUCGAAUUAUGCUCACAUAGCUGACCGAAUGUGGGAAAAUGAUUUUAUAAUUAGGCAAAGUGGUUGUGAUCCAAACGAAGUGACGGAUAUAGCUAGGCAACUUAUUCAUGGACCAGUUGGUAGCCGCUUUAGUGUUAUACUGGGUGGUGGUCGGGGUCAUAUGCGAGACGCAUCAAUUCCAGAUGAAGAAGGCGGCUUUGGCUACCGUAAUGAUUCUCGGGAUUUAAUUUCCGAGUGGCUUAAUAGCGGAACCAAUACAAAGAGAUAUGUUUGGAAUCGCAAGGAUCUUCUAACCUUGCCUGGAAAUACUGAACAGCUUCUUGGUCUCUUUGAGAACGGAGAUAUGCAAUUCUAUUUGGAGAGUCAAGCUAAGCAAACCCAAGAUACGGAACCUACCUUGGAAGAAAUGACUCGAAGUGCUAUAAAUGUCCUGAAAAAUAAUAAUAAUGGAUUCUUUUUGUUCGUUGAGGGUGGUAGGAUUGAUCACGGUCACCACUACACUAUGCCUAGAGCAGCCAUAGGAGAAACUGUUGAACUGCACAAAGCUGUUCAAGCUGCAAGAGAAAUGUUGAGUGAAUAUGACUCUUUGAUUGUAGUAUCGGCGGAUCAUGCUCAUACAAUGUCGAUCUCAGGAUAUCCCACAAGAGGCAACGACAUAUUCGGCAAAGUCGAUACCGGACUUAUGAAUGGUGAUUUUCUGGCAAAGGAUGGCAUGCCCUAUAUGACACUGAGCUACGCCAAUGGUGCUAGUAUUUCAAGUCAAUACUCACCCACUGGCCGUGUCAAUCCGGCCACUUCAGAUUACAGCCAGUGGGACUCCUUCUUUCCCUUCAAUGUGCCAACUGAUAUUGAGACGCAUGCUGGAGAUGAUGUUGGAGUUUUUGCAUCCGGACCAUAUGCUCAUCUCUUCACAGGAACAAUGGAACAGAGCUACUUGCCACACCUGAUGGCCUAUGCUGCAGCAGUAGGCAAUGGACCUAAGGCUCCUUAAUAAAUAUUCUUCAGUUGUAUAUACAAGAUGUGUAUACAGUAGACUCUCGCUUAUCUGUGAAAAUGAGAUCCAAAUGUCAUACGAAUUAACCCUUUAAGGACGAGAAUGUACAAAAUUGGAGGUCAGAAAAAACUAUUUUCUCUGACCUUCUAGAGCAAAACACAACUUUACAAGGCCAUAGGAAAAAUUUCAUUUUUGGGUCACCGGUGACCCAAUCGUCCUUGAAGGGUCAAGAGAUUGAUAAACCGUUUGAAAUCCAACAAUUUUUUAACUAUACUUAGGCAUCGGUGAAGUGAAUUCUCACCUGGCCGAAUGGAUAUUUUUCCAGUACAGCACUCACAUUAGAUUAAUGCACAUUUGCUUUAACAAAAACUUCCUAAACAUAAACAAUAUGUAAUCAAAAUUUUUAAAAUUCAACUGACACCCGGAAUACUUUAUUUCACCUGAACGAGCAAUAAACAGAUAAGCGAAAGUCUACUGUAAAUGAAAUGUCUUAAUGAUAUUUUGUUUGAUUCUUUAAAUUUUAAAACAUAAAAAAAAUGUUUUCAAUAAAUCUCAAUUCUUCAUGCUUUA